AUGGCCACCAGCGCGGCGUUGCAGCCGCUUCUGAGGGACGGGUGGACGGUCCGGUCGUCCUCGCAGACGCUGGUGCAAAGGGACACAGCUGACGCGACGCUCCGCUUUCUGCUGGACACCGACCAGCGCAAGUGGGGCGAGAGCUGCGCGUCGGACCGCGUCAACACCACCACCUCUGGCGUUCUCGAGGGACCCGUGGUAUUGCAGGUCCUGGACUGCACGGACGUGUCGGUGCCGGUGCAGACCGGCAGCUUCGGGGGCAACGGCGCGGGGCGGCGCAUCGUCCGGCUGAAGCUGACGGACGGCCGAGCUAUCUGCUACGCGGUGGAGUACCGCAGGGUGUCGCAGAUCACCAAGGAGCUCGCCCCGGGCACAAAGAUCCAGCUGCGCAAUGCCCGCAUCGCCGGGGGCACGGUACUGCUCGAGGACGGCUGCUGCAAGGUGCUCGGCGGCACCGUCCCGGAGCUGCACGAGCAGUGGGCCGUCGCGCGCAAGUACAAGAACCUGCAGCGUCCGAAGGGCGGCGAAGACGGCGCUGUUCCCCCUCCCUUCCGCCCCUACCGGCCCGGCAGGCGCGGCGCCGGCGCGAAGGGCGGCCGCGGCGGCAAGGAGGACGCCGGCGCUGCCGCGGGGGGCGUUGUGCAGGACGCCGAGGGGGGGGAGUCGAUCGCGAUGAAGGCGCUGAAGGAGGCGGCGGGCGCGUUCAUGACCGCCACGGCCGCGGCGGGCGCGGACGGGCAGCGCGAGAAGCGCAGCGUGGACGUGGAGGGCGCGGCGGGCCUGGGCGCCGAGGUCGACAAGAGCGCCGUCAAGGCGAAGCUCCAGGCGCGCGUGGAGGCCACGGCGGCCGGGGGGCGCUCCGGCGAUCGGUUCGGGCGCGGCGGGCGGCGCGGGCGGCGCGGCCGCGACGACGACGACGACGGUCCCGGCGGCAAGACGCUGGAAGACUGGGAGGCGGCGCGGCGCGUGCCGCUGACGCUCGAGGCUGCGCUGGGCGGCGGCGGCGGCGGCGGCGGCGGUGCGGGGCCGAGCGCGGCGGCCGUGAGCCAGGAGGAGGAGGACCGUCGUCUGGCGGAGCAGCUGCAGCGGGAACUGGACUUGGAGGCGCUGGAGGAGCACAAGCGGCACCGGCGGAAGGAGGAGCGGCGGGACCCGGGGCGGUACGGCGAGGGGGCGCGCGGGCGGCCGGCGUCGGGCCGCGGGGGCGCGGGCGGUGCGGCGGGGGGGGUGUCUGGCGCGGGGACGACGGCGGGGGGCGGGGCCGCGGGCGGGGGCGGGACGAUGGCGGGAGAGGCGGGCGCGGGGGACGGGGCCGGGGCGGGCGGGGCCGCGGGCGUGGAGGCGACAUGUGAUGCUCCGCUGUGGUGCUGCGAAGACUCCGCUGUGGGCCGCUGA